AUGUCGCCCACCUGGACGCAGCCCCUCCAACACACGGCAAGGUUCCGGUACAGGACGCUCUACAUCGCCUCCGCCCUCACCCUGCUCUCCCUGUUCUGGAUCUGGGGCAGCCACCGGGGCUCGUUCUACUUCGGCAGCGGCCAUGGCCGCACGCUGAUGCCAUCGGCCGUAUGGAGGACGCACACCUCGCAGCUCAUUCCGCCCAAGAUCUGGCAGAUCGUGUUGCCCAAGAAGACGCCGCAGUCGGACAAGGAUCUAGUCAUUGACGCCGAGAAGCUGGGUAGCUCGGCGACGUGGACCGCCAUGAACCCGGGAUACGAAUACACCCUCAUGGGCGAGACCUCCGCCCUCGAAUACGUAACCCGCCACUUCGCAAAGGAGCCCCGCAUCAUCGAAGCCUACAAGAACAUGCCCAACGUCGGCAUGAAGUCCGACUUCCUGCGCUACCUCAUCCUCGGCCUCGAGGGCGGCGUCUACACUGACACCGACACCGUCGCCCUGCAGCCCAUCGACGAAUGGGUCCCCGCGCACCUGCGCGACCGCGUGCGCCUCGUCGUCGGCAUCGAGUUCGACCGCCGCGACGGCAACGGGUGGUACGACAUCCUGCACUGGGUGCAGUUCUGCCAGUGGACGAUCGCGGCGGCGCCGGGGCACCCGGUCUUCCGCAAGAUGGCGCAGCGCAUCCUCGGCGCGCUCGACGGGCUGGCGGCGACGCACGAGGUGCCCGUCAACGAGGUGAAGCCGACGAGCACCGAGGUGAUGAACUCGACGGGGCCGGCGGCGUGGACGGAGACGGUGUUUAAGCAGCUGCAGGAGUAUGAUAGUGAGCUGACGGAUAUCAAGAACCUGUCGUAUAUUACGGAGCCGAAGUUGGUGGGUGACGUGCUGAUCCUGCCGAUUGAUGGGUUUGGGAUGGGGCAGCCGCAUUCGAAUAGUACGGUUGGGGAGCCGCCGAAGGAGGCGUUGAUGAAGCAUCUGUUCCACGGCUCUUGGAGGGGGGAGUGA